GCGGCCUGCCCGCUGCCGGCGCCCUCAAGAUGAUGCCCGCGGACCACCGGAGCAAAUCGAAAAAGACAGUGGACAAGAACAGCAACGAGUACCGGGUGCGGCGAGAGCGCAACAACAUCGCGGUGCGCAAGAGUCGGGACAAGGCCAAGCAGCGCAACGUGGAGACACAGCAGAAGGGGCUGGGG